UUUAGUAGUUGACAAAGACAAACGACAUUCGUUGUCAUUAAUAUCAAUUAACAUUCGGUUGGCUCUCCUGUAAACUGUGAUAACCUCUUUCUGAGAGUAGUGUUUAUCAAAAUGUCGCUGGUGAUUCCAGAGAAGUUCCAACAUAUUCUCCGUAUCCUCGGUACGAAUAUCGAUGGAAAGCGGAAAGUUAUGUUCGCCUUAACGGCCAUCAAAGGAGUGGGUAGACGGUACUCCAACAUUGUGCUCAAAAAGGCUGAUGUGGAUUUGAACAAGAGGGCCGGAGAAUGCUCUGAGGAGGAGGUCGAAAAGAUCAUUACCAUCAUGUCCAAUCCACGACAAUACAAAAUUCCAGACUGGUUUUUGAAUAGGCAAAAAGACAUUGUCGAUGGAAAGUACAGCCAACUCACAUCAUCUUCCCUCGACUCGAAACUUCGUGAAGAUUUGGAACGAAUGAAGAAAAUUCGUGCCCACAGAGGUAUGAGGCACUAUUGGGGUCUUCGCGUGAGAGGCCAACACACAAAAACCACUGGACGUCGUGGACGUACUGUUGGUGUAUCCAAGAAGAAGUAGACGCACUCGUGUUUAUUUUUUAAAAUUAAAUUCUAAAGUCAA